UUUUUCUACUGUCCACAGGCAACAUGGGCUUGCACUCCACUAAAAGGUGAUAUUGUAAAUCUAGAAAGUAACAACAUAGAUGACAUUUUAGGUAAUGCAGAUGUCGCUUUAGUUAAUUUUUAUGCUGACUGGUGCAGAUUCAGUCAAAUGCUACACCCUAUAUUUGAAGAAGCUUCCAACAUAAUUAAAGAUGAAUUUCCUGAUAGAAGUAAAGUUGUCUUUGCAAGAGUGGAUUGUGAUCAGCAUUCGGAUAUUGCGCAAAGAUAUAGAAUAAGCAAAUACCCCACAUUAAAGCUAUUCAGAAAUGGAAUGAUGAUGAAGAGAGAGUAUAGAGGUCAGCGUUCUGUGACAGCAAUCGCAGACUACAUCAGGCAACAAAAAAGUGAUCCAAUCCGAACAGUUGAAAGCUUAGAGGAGUUAAAAACAAUUGAUCGCAGUAAAAGAACAAUAAUUGGAUUUUUUGAAUCAAAAGAGUCUGACAACUUCCGAACAUUUGCAAAAGUGGCAAACAUUUUACAUGAUGACUGUGUCUUUCUUUCUGCAUUUGGGGAAAUUUCAAAACCUGAGCGAUUUAGUGGAGAUAAUGUAAUUUACAGGCCUAAUGGGGAAAAUGCUCCUGAUAUGGUUUAUUUGGGUUCACUUGCCAACUCUGACCUUGCCUAUGCUUGGACUCAAGAUAAAUGUGUACCACUUGUGCGAGAAAUAACAUUUGAAAAUGGAGAAGAGCUGACAGAGGAAGGACUUCCCUUUCUCAUACUUUUCCAUAUGAAAGACGACACUGAAAGUCUAGAAAAAUUCCAACAAGAAGUUGCACGACAGCUGAUAAGUGAAAAAGGAACAAUAAACUUCCUACAUGCGGACUGUGACAAGUUCAGACAUCCUCUCUUUUACAUAUUCAGAAGACUCCUUCCGAUUGCCCUGUAAUAGCUAUUGAUAGCUUUAGGCACAUGUAUGUUUUUUCAGAUUUUAAAGAUUUAUCGAUCUCAGGUAGACUAAAGCAGUUUGUAUUAGAUCUACACUCUGGAAAGCUACAUAGAGAAUUUCACCAUGGACCUGAUCCAACUGAUGUUGCUCCUGGACAGCAAACUCAAGAUAUAGCAAGUAGUCCCCCUGAAAGUUCCUUCCAGAAGUUGGCACCAAGUGAAUAUAGGUAUACUAUACUGAAAAGGGAUCGUGAUGAGCUUUAA